AUGUGUGGUGUCAAAACUCUAUUUGAUUGCCAUUUUUGUGAUUCUCAAGACAUCUUUUGCUUGCCAGAUUUCUCAAGGCAUAGGCACGUUUACUUAUCUUUUCUUCGGACAGUACCUACGUCGCUGAUAAGUGAAGCUGCUAAUCUGCACGAUUCGCUGAUUAUUCAAGCUUUUGAAAGUAUUGUUGGAUGCGGGUCGCUUGACGAGCUUGAACGUUUACAGCUCGGUCUUGAUAUCCAGCAAGGUGGAUUUGGGCUUUGUUCCGCUACGCAAUCUGCUUCGGAAGCCUUCAUUGGAGGUUGGGCAAAUACGCUGCACUAUCUUCCACAUCACGACAAUCGUGUGCGUUAUCUUUGUGAUGGUUUACUGUCAGUUGAUGCUAAUCACCAUUCUCAAAUCGCAACGGACUUGACAACAUCUCUCAAAGAUCUUCACUGUAACUUUAGCGACACCACCAAACUGAUUCCAUCUGUUUCAAAGCUACCAGACAAUCCUAAGAAACUUCAGGCAAGACUUCAUAAGGCAAAGAAACAAUCACUUUUUAACAACCUUCUUGAACGAUGUAAAGAUAGUCGUUAUCAAUCAAGAAUACAGGGUUGUGGAGGUCCCAAUUCAGGGAUGUGGUUAGAUGCUAUGCCGAGCUCGCACCACUUCAUUCUCAGCAAUGAUGAUUUUCUCAACGCUGUCUGUCUGCGGCUCGGAAGAGCAAUUCCUAGCUUACAAUCCUUGAAUCACUGUAUUCCACAGUGUGGUCAACAAAUGGAUAUCAAAGGCUAUCAUGCUAUUACAUGUAAGUGGGGUGGAGGCCCUAUUCAUCGGCAUGAUGCCGUAUUGGACUGUUUUUUUGAAAUGUCAAAGGUUCUGGGAUUCAAUUGUCGUAAAGAGCUACCAGCCCAGUUUACUAACAAACAGCGGCCUGACAUAGCCAUAUAUAAUUACAAGGAUGGAAAGAAUCUUCUUUUAGAUGUGACCAUCACACAUCCGUGGGCAAAACGAUCUCUUCGCUCAGGUAGCAGUACGCCAGACUUUGCAGCAACGGAAAAGGAAAAGAAAAAGGAUGGGAAGUAUCUCGCCAAAUAA